CGUUUUCUUUGCAGGAUUGGAGCGGAGUAUAUUAAACACGUUAUUAUGCCUGUAUGACUCACGGUAGUUUUAUUAAACUUGACAUAAGCGUACAGGCUCAGGUGCUGUCAGCUAAUGGGUCCUUUUAGAAGAUAACUUUUCCUGACGCGAUCGCUUUCUUCCUGCUAAUUGCAGGUUUUAAUUUUCCAAUGAAAACCCGAGCGGCACAUCCUUACUGUUUCUCGGGUGUGAAAAACGGGAUGCUUUUAAUAUAGCAGCUGCACAGCUAGAAGGCACUUCUGUCUGGGGUGAUAUAGGACAACCAACUAUGGCAUGAUACUCGAAUCUCAAGACAAGAGUUGGAAAGCUCCGGCAAAUAAGAUUUACUGCGAUAUAUCAGCAAGUCUUCCAGCUGGUGCAUAAUCCACAGCCAACGUAAACACGCGAGCGCCAUUUCCGGGCUCGUGAUAGCGGCUAUAGUGGAGCGAGAGGUCGGAGCGAGAGGAGCGGGGAGUGGAGCGGUGGUGUCGGUUAACAUUCCCGGUGUGGUCGACGACGGCAUGGCAGCGGGAAAGGGAGCUGGGAAGCCCGCCUCGCUGUGGGACAAUAUGAGGUUACGCUUCAUCGUUUGCUUCUUCGGAGUCUUCGUGUGCUACUUUUAUUACGGAAUAUUGCAAGAGACAAUCACUCGAGGUGAUUAUGGUCACGAGAAGUUCAGAUUCGCCCGGACGCUGGUCUUCAUCCAGUGCAUCAUCAAUUGUGUCUUUGCAAAGAUCUUGAUCCAGUUUUUUGAGAGCUCCAAGCCAGAUCACACGAAGAGCUGGCUCUAUGGCCUGUGCUCGCUCUCUUAUCUUGGAGCUAUGGUGUCCAGUAACUCUGCCCUUCAAUAUGUCAACUACCCAACCCAGGUUUUGGGGAAAUCCUGCAAGCCCAUACCAGUGAUGAUCCUCGGUGUGACAAUACUGAGGAAGAAGUAUCCACUGGCUAAAUACCUGUGUGUGUUGCUGAUUGUGAGCGGUGUUGCUCUUUUUCUCUAUAAACCCAACAAGAGCUCUGCUGUUGCUGAUGACCAUAUUUUUGGCUUUGGAGAGAUUCUGCUGCUGGUCUCUCUGACAUUGGACGGUUUGACUGGUGUGGCCCAGGACCACAUGAGGGCUCGCUUCCAGACGGGUGCGAACCACAUGAUGCUGAACAUCAACAUGUGGUCCAGUCUGGUGCUGGGACUAGCUGUGUUGUGGACAGGGGAAGUGUGGGAAUUCCUGAGUUUUGCAGAGCGCCACCCGGGCAUCUUGUACAAUAUUCUUCUGUUUGGAAUCACCAGUGCUUUAGGACAGACCUUCAUCUUCAUGACAGUUGUGUACUUUGGGCCUCUGACCUGCUCCAUUGUCACAACUACGAGGAAGUUCUUCACCAUCCUUGGCUCUGUUAUUUUGUUUGGCAAUGUAAUGACUACAAUGCAGUGGGUUGGCACCAUUCUCGUAUUCCUCGGUCUUGGAAUGGAUGCUAAAUUUGGCAAAGCCCCCAAGAAGACUACACACUGAAACAUCUGGUGCACAUGAGGAAAAAAAAAGAAGAGAAACACUACAUUGGAAACAUUCUAUAGCCAGUGUAUUAUUUUCACAAGACAUCAUGUACAGGCACACUAUAUGUGCCUAUGACUUGUUGAACUAUGGUCAGAUAUUUAACUGCAUUUAAAAGAGAGUCAUUGUAGUUUUCAACUCCAGCUUCUGUUGUGUACAGUUGAUAUACUGAAGAGAUGCAUUACAUGGGAUCAAGUCCAGAAUCAGCUGCGAUACAACUUACAAUCCUUUUUGUGGAAGAAUUUGAACUGGCUGAAGUGCACAGGUGUAAACCUUAUUUUAUUCAGACAAAUCUUUAUUGUUUCUGAAACCAGCUCACCUGCCUUGGAUUGAUGUUGAACCAAACAAGGCCUUAGAAAUACAUUUCCAGCAGUUAACCCAUGAAAUUACACCAAAUGGUUUACAAAUGGAUGCUUGAAUGUGUGUAAUUGUAACAUUUAGUUUGUCUGAGAAAACAAUUAGUUUAAUGUCCUUUAUGAAAAUUUAGACGGUUGUAUGUUGCCUGUUGUCUUAUGUCCAGUCUUACUAUUAAAUUGUAUUUACUUUUAUUUUCUAAAGUUGAAAAUUACUUGCCAUAAAAGGGAAAUUAUUAUA